AUGAAUCCUGAAUACGACUAUUUGUUUAAACUACUCCUGAUUGGUGAUUCUGGAGUUGGAAAAUCAUGUCUGCUGCUCAGGUUCGCGGACGACACGUACACAGAAAGCUACAUCAGCACUAUUGGUGUGGAUUUUAAAAUUAGGACUGUAGACUUAGAUGGCAAGACAAUAAAGUUACAAAUAUGGGACACAGCUGGACAGGAAAGAUUUAGAACAAUUACAUCAUCAUACUACAGAGGAGCACAUGGGAUCAUAAUUGUUUAUGAUUGCACAGACCAGGACUCAUUCAGUAACGUGAAGCAGUGGCUGGAGGAGAUCGAUCGCUACGCGUGCGACAAUGUCAACAAACUGCUGGUUGGCAACAAGUGUGAUCUCACCACUAAGAAAGUGGUCGACUACACCACAGCUAACCAAUACGCAGAACAACUUGGCAUCCCAUUCUUGGAAACAUCGGCGAAGAACUCCACGAAUGUGGAGCAAGCCUUCAUGACGAUGGCCGCUGAGAUCAAGGCGCGAGUGGGCCCGCCCUCCACGGGCGCCGCGCCCGUUGGCGGACAGGUGAAGAUCGACCAGGGACACCCCAUCGACACCGGCAAGUCGUCUUGCUGCUGA